CUGCUGCCCAAAAGCAAGCCCCGGAGAACUUCAGUAACCUCCAGGAAAGCUCUGAGGUUAGGGAGACUAGCACAGCCAAAGAAGACAUGAGGAGUCUGCUGGCACUGCUGAUCGUGACUCUGGCCGUGGCAGCACUCUGCUGUUGUGAGAAAGAUCCCAAAGAGCCUUCAGGAUCUCUCAGCGCUGACAGCAUCAAGAUUAAAAAAGAAGUUGCCAAUGCCUUUGUGAAGAGACAGAAGAGAUCCAGCCUCUAUGAACGGUACUUCGAGUAUUAUAAAAAUCCAAUGGAGCAGAUGCACGAGCGCUGUGAAAAUUAUCCUCCCUGUGACUAUCUCUCUGACCAAAUAGGAUUUUCCUUGGCCUACAACCGUUUCUUUGGGAGAUACUAAGGAUGGGAAAGUCUCUUCAUUUGUUUGGCUUGGAACACUCUGAGCCCCACAGGAGAAAGAAGGCUGUGGGUGGGAAAGAAGGAAGAAAAAUAUCUAGACUGGCAUCUACUUUCAUUGUCUCCUUAACCAACUGGAAUGCAAGGCACUAAUUAUCCUACUUGUUGAGCUUGCAUUAGGUUUUUUCCUUUCAUCUAAAAAAGUCUCUCUUUAGAGAGACUGUGGUAUUUUGAGCUUCACCAGAAGACUCUGUCUUACUUCCUCCCAUCUGAAUCCCCAGGACACAAGAGGUGAAAAAAAAGGUGAUUGGUCUCAAGAAAAUCAUUACACGCCUUAGAAACAAAACUAGACCUCUUGUCCUUUUCUGACAAAUGCAGAAGGAUUAUAGAAGAAUGUCCCAGUUAUGAUGUUGUUACAAAAUGUGUGUAAAUGUGAUGGAUCUGAUCCUGGGAUGCUCACUGAGAAGAAUGAAGAACAGCCGCCUCCUGUUAGAAUUACUGGAAAGUUUAGUAUUUUUACAUGGUAUAAUUACACUAAGUAUGCAUCACAGUAGGAUCACUUUGUAAAGAUAAAAGUGGGCAAAUACUAUUGCAGAGACAGAAAUCAGGUUCCGGUACACUUUUCUGAUUAUUCUGUCACAAAAUUUGCCAGUAUAGCAGCAACAAAGAAAUCCCCAAAAGAAUGUUUAAGGAGUGUUUCAUCCUUUUAGAUGAGCUCUUCCAUUUGUACACUGUAUUCAGUGACUGUCUGUAAAAAGCAACUCGGAAAUUUCUUGUUGUUUGUUUUUUUAACCUGUUUCUGGUGAAACUGAACAUACCUGGGCAAAACAAAAAAACCCCAACCUGUUCCUCUCUAAUGCUAUUGCAUUUUUGCUUGAAACUAGAAGUGUCUAAGCAGCUUAAAAAAAAAAAAAAAAAAAAAAAAGGUUAUGGAAUAAACA